AUGAACGCGUGUGAGCGACAGCCGCUUGCAAGGGCCACAAGUGACCCCUACUUCGACUUAGGAACACUGGGCCGUAAAGUCAGUACCAAUUCUAGGGACGCCCAGAUCUGGUUUGAUAGGGCACUUGUUUGGACGUACUGCUUCAAUCAUGAUGAAGCAAUAACUUGUUACAAGCAAGCAAUUGCGCACGACGAGAACUGUGCUAUGGCGUAUUGGGGGGUGUCUUUCUGUUCUGGCUCCAAUUACAACAAGACAUGGGCGUUAUUUGACGAGCAGGACCGAUUCAAAGCAAUCGAACAGUGUUAUGUAUUUUCUCAAGAAGCCCUGAAGAGAGUUAAGAAUGCGUCGAAUUGGGAGCAAGCGAUCAUCCAGGCUCUUGCAAAACGAUAUCCCAACGACGAUCCUGGCAGCGACGUUGCUGCGUGUAGCAAAGCUUAUGCCGAUGCUAUGAGAGAGGUUUAUCUCAGCUUCGGUCGUGAAGACUUUGACAUCAUCACGUUCUUUGUUGAUGCAUUGAUGAACUGUGCUCCACGAAGAUUAUUUGACGCCUCUACGGGACUCCCUAUAGCGUCUUCCCCGGUAUUUGAAGUGAAAGACCUGCUUGAUCGAACUUUGAAAAUGCCAGGCGUCGAACAGCACCCGGGUCCCGCGCACAUGUACAUUCACCUGAUGGAAAUGUCAGCCACUCCGGAGGCUGCCCUGCCUGCAGCAGAGAUGAUCCGCGAGAUGUUCCCAGACGCAGGCCAUACCUACCACAUGCCUGCCCAUAUUGACGUCCUCGUGGGUGACUAUCGGCGCGCAGUCGAAUACAAUUUAAAGGCGACCAUUGCAGACGAUAAGUUUUUCCAACAAAAUGGAGGCUUGACAUUCUACAGCUAUUAUCGUCUCCAUGACUAUCACUCUCUCAUUUAUGCUGCGAUGCUUUGUGGCAAGAUGAAGGUUGCACUUUCGGCGACAGAUCGAAUGGAGGCUACUAUCACGGAAGAAAUGCUUCGGGUAGAAACGCCUGCACUUGUGAAUUGGAUGGAAUUCUUCAAAGCUGUUAGAGUUCAUGUUCUGAUUCGCUUUGGAAUGUGGGACGAGCUCAAGAAGCUCGACCCGCUUGAAGACAAGAAGCUCUAUUGCGUCACCAACGCUAUGAGACACUAUGGGAAGGGUAUCGCGUAUGCGGCUACAGCACAGCUCGACGAAGCCGACAAGGAGCGAAAGUUUUUCAAAUCCGCUUCUGAGCUUGUUCCACCCACUCGCCUGGACUUUCCUAACAAAAUCACGGACAUUCUCAAAGUAGCAUCGGCUAUGCUGGACGGCGAAAUCGAGUAUAGACGGGGUAACUACAGAACAGCAUUCAGCAGGUUAUCGGACGCAGUUGUUCUGGAAGACGCAUUGCCCUUUGCUGAGCCAUGGGGGUGGAUGCUUCCAGCACGGCAUGCAUAUGCAGCCCUCUCUCUGGAGCAAGGCAUGGUCGAGCAGGCUGCACAAGCCUAUGCCGAAGAUUUGGGACUUCUUCCGACUGCCACACGAGCCCAUCAACAUCCCAACAAUGUUUGGGCUCUUCAUGGCUACCAUGAGUGUCUCCAGCUUCAAGGUCGCCACACAGAGGCCGAAAUUAUCAAGGAGCAGCUUCUCAUUGCCCUUGUGGAUGCAGAUGUUGAAAUUCAGUCUUCAUGCUUUUGUAGGCUUGGCAAUUUGCCUUCCUGUAAUGGGAUAGCUCCGUUGCAAGAUUGUCACAGUGUCUCAAAUUAA